ACUGAUGGAGUCCAUGAUUCCCGUGAAGAUGAUUAAUUUCCCACAGAAGAUUGCAGGCGAGCUGUAUGGACCCCUCAUGCUGGUUUUCACGCUGGUGGCCAUCCUUUUGCAUGGGAUGAAGACCUCGGACACCAUCAUUAGAGAAGGCACGCUGAUGGGCACGGCCAUCGGCACCUGCUUCGGCUACUGGCUGGGUGUCUCCUCUUUCAUCUAUUUCCUGGCCUACCUCUGCAACGCCCAGAUCACGAUGGUGCAGAUGCUGUCGCUGUUGGGCUACGGCCUGUUUGGACACUGCAUCACUCUCCUUGUUACCUAUAACAUCCACUUCCACUCCCUCUUCUAUAUCUUCUGGUUGGGCGUUGGUGGACUCUCUACACUACGAAUGGUGGCCGUGCUGGUGUCGCGCACCGUGGGGCACACCCAGCGGCUCAUCUUGUGUGGGACCCUCGCUGCUCUGCACAUGCUUUUCCUCCUCUACCUGCACUUCGCUUACCACAAGGUGGUAGAAGGGAUCCUGGACACGUUGGAAGGCCCCAACGUGCCGCCCUUUCAGAGAGUUGCCCGCGACAUUCCAGUUGUUUCCAGCGCUGUCCUGAACACCACAGCCAAAGCCCUUGCAUUGACCCUGUAGUUUCACAGGCUUGGACUUGCUUCCUGCACUACUUUUGGGGCUGCACGGGGCCACGGUAACCUGCUGCCUCGUAGGAACAGGACAGAACGAGACAGAAGACGGCUUGGGUUUGUUUUCCUGGACCUGCCCUUUGGGUUGCAGUUUUGGGCAGCUGAGCGGACUGCACCUCGGUGACUCGGGAGAACUACGCUCCUCCCCGCCCAGGGCUGGGCUGUCGCGAGUAGAGUGGUUCUGUCGCCCGCAUUUCCCAGCGCAGUUUGUCCCUCACCCCUCUGCCCACUCGCUGAUGUAACCCCGGGGGUACCUGCCCUGGUCCUGUCCUGAAGAGGGAAAAAUUAAAUUGAUGUUGGUGCUGA